UCCUAGGUUCCUAUAUAAUUUCUAUGUAAUAUAGCAGUGUCAUCUUGUGAUCUAUGGAUUUAAUGCUAUAGGCACUUUUUUUUUUAAUGUUCAAGAGCUCUCCUGGUUUAGUUCCAUUUUUUCACAAUGCAGUGACAAUUCCAGAACAUGAAUCUUGCAGAGUUAAGCACCUUGUGUUUGUCAACUCAAAUUUGGAAUCUGUUGCAUUUAUUUAUUUACUUUUAAAAUGACACACCAGCUAAACCUGUUAUGCAAAUUGCAACUAUGGAAGUGUCAGUGGCAUGUGAUGGGGAGAUGACCAUCCAAUGUGCCAUUGUGACACAUUCCCAGUAUGGUCCUCAGGGCUGUGUUGCCCUAUUCUGACCUGACAUUGCCACGUGGCCACCUCUCUGUGACAGGCUGACAUUCAACACGGGCAGCUUUCUCCAUCAAUGGCUCCCCCAUCCUGUGGAAAGUAUUUUGCCUGCAGUGCAAUUCAUGCGAAGGGGAGUAUGACUGCGUUGGCCAGAAUGUGACGUGUGAAGGCCCCUCAGCCAGCUGCAAAACCUCUGUCCGAAAGGCUUCUGUCUCCUUCCUGGAAUUCCAGACCGUGAAGAAAGGCUGUGCCCGCCAGAUUUACCCACACGAAUCCAUGUCUCUUAAUUCGCACCUCAUGGCUGUUUCUUAUCAAGCACGUUAUUGCGCUGAGGAUGGCUGUAACAACGAGACCUACUUUGUCUCCCAGCCACGCCCUACCAACCACAUGCGCUGCCAUUCCUGUGCUUCCCAGGGUAACUGGUGUCCCGAAGCUGCCCGCACUCAGAUCAGCUGUGUUGGGGAGCAGGAACAGUGCAUGGAUCUUGACAUCACUGGAAACAUGGGUCAGUUUUCCAACAUGAAGCUGAAGGGUUGCGCCAACCUCCUUCGCUGCCAGGAGACUUUGAGCUUCUAUUCCGGCAGCCGCACCAUCCAUGCCAGCUGCUGUGACACUCCGCUCUGCAACAGCUUCACCCCAGAUCUUCAUGUGCUAAGCCAGGCCACAAAUGGGCUCGAGUGUUACAGCUGCGUGGAUGAAGAUGGGAUUGGGUGCUCUGAAAAAGUCAUCUCUAAGGUGCAGUGUACCGGCAUCCACAACAUGUGCCUGGAGGGGAUAGGCAACAGCCGGAAACCUGGUAUGGAUUAUGGCCUAGUGACAUUCAAAGGCUGUGCCUCGUCAGCUAUGUGCCAGAGCUCCCUCUUGGCCUUGGUGCAAGAGCUAGACAACACCGAUGUCCUUUGCUGCCAAGGGAGCCUCUGCAACACGCGCAUCGUGAACGGUGUGGUGACGGAACCCAAGAUUGCUGCAGAUAGUGCCGACACCUCUGAGAGACCCGAGUGCAUCACCCCGACCCCGUCUAACCCCACACCAGACCCUGACUGCAUCUACGAUGAUGACGAGGACAGCAUGGUGGUUGCUGGUGCCGUCCCACCUCCUGAGAGCCACAACGAUAAGGAGACCGUCCACAUGACCAACGAGAAAGAAGGCAGAGAGAAUUACGUCGCUGAGGGAAGCACUGUGUCUCCUCGUGACCAUUCAGUGACAGGAGAGCACAUGUUCCAUGAGAAUCUGUCUGGGGGUUCUUCCGAGAGCCACGCUGGCUCCACUACAAGUGUGACCAAUUCUGAACACGUUGCAACAGGCGGUUCCGCAGCUGCCACAGAUCUGGAUCGGAGCGAUUCGGGUGCCGGCACCACCUCUUCUGGCAAUCAUGGCAAUGUGGUGGUACUGGUACCCAUUGUCGUCCCCAAGAACGCCACCCGUACCACCUCCUCUUUCUCCUCUGGGACAGUCACCACCUUGGCAACUUCUGAUGAGGAUGGAGAUGACGAGGAAUGCGAAGCAGAAGAGGAAGGCGCUGGCACUGAGCAGCCCUUCAUAGCCGUGAACGCAGGCAAUGCUGCAUCCCCUGAAUCCAACCGGGAAAGCUCUUUUUCCCCCAGGCCUGCAGUAAUCCUCCGUGAAAACGAAAGCACCCGAGUUCCUGUUGGAGGCCAUUCCAACGCCGGUGUCUCUGUCACAGGAGGGCACUAUGAUGGUGCCACAGAGUCAACCUCCCAUGGCCAUACAGUCCACUCCCAUGGCACAGCUGGGGAAAGCUUCAUUUCGGGUGGCAAUCCUGCAAGCCACACCCCAGGGCCUGGGCAUUCUGCGACGGGCAGCCACGGAGCCACCAAUGUGGAGGCCACUGGGGGUACUAGUUUUGCCACGGGUGGAAACACUCCACAGCCAGGCCACGCAAGCAGUGCCCCGUCUGAGGAACAUGGAACCCACACACACCUUCACGUUCCCUACAUCAUGUCCAGGGAUAAAAACUCUUUCCUCAGUGAAGGCAACACGGAGGCAGGUGCCCCCGCAGAGACCAGCCCCAAAGUACUCAUCGCCACCAGCAGUCCUGACAAAGAGGUCCUUGUUUCAGGAGCCGGGGCCGCCACCACCGCCCGUCCCAAGAACAAGAAACCCUGCAAACGGCCAGGGUCCCCAAACAAACCAGAGGCAAACGUAGUGCCCUCGUCUGCAGCAAACAAACGUGCCGCCAAAGAGGGCAUCGCUAGAGAGACCACCAACUUGAUGUUAAGUGACACUAAAGGUGGUGGGAAAGUCGGCAUUAAGGGCGGAGCAUUUGGCCUUUCUGCCCAUUUUGGCCUCUUCUCCCUCACCCUCUUGCUGGCUGCCCUGUUACACUGAACCCACAGAGACUGGGCAACAUUUGGGUUUGUUUUUAGUGUUUGUUUUUAACUGGGUAUCUUGACUCUCACCUCCACUCUUGAUCUAGCUCUGUUCCUUUUCAUAAAAGGGAACUGUUGUGCCCCUGUAGGGUGUCCCCUAUGCUGAGAAUUUGACAAUGGAGAAAUGUGAGGCUUGUAGCCAGUCAUGUAUCUCUCAGCCUAACCUACCUCACAGGGUUGUUGUGAGGAUAAAAAUAAGGAUGUGCAUGGCUCUGAGCUCCUCGGAGGAAGAGCGGGAUAUAAAUGUAAAAAUAAAUUAAAGAUAAAUAAAUAAGAUCCUAGAAUCAAAUUUGGGAUGCCUGGGUGUGUAGUGAAUGCAAAUUCGGGAUAUCUGGGAGUGGUCUGUGUGUGUCUGUGUGUGUGUGUGGGGGGGGGGGAGAGUAAAUGAACAGUAUCUUGCCUGCCCCCUACUGGUAGAGAUGGAAAUUUCACUUUGUAAAUGUCAUCACCCCUUUUUUGCUCUUAGAUUAAAAGAGAACUGCUUUAUAUUCCAACUAAGCAGGAAGGCCCUUCCGACUUUCAAGAGGCACCAUCCUGCACUGACAUAUAGCCAGAGAUUUAAAGAUUAGAUAUAACCAAUAGGAUGCAUAGCUAAGGCGCAGUUAACCCUUAAUAUCCUGUUGUCUCUCUUUUUGGGAUGCUGCAAGUAAAAAGCAUGAAUAAUAUGUGCUUCAUGCAGUUGUAAUACUGUCCUAACAGAGAGAUACAUAAAUAUGGACGACAGCAACAAUCCACCCAAAUACACUAUAUUUAUUGUAAACUGUACAGUGGGAUUUUUUUUAUUUUUUUAUUUUCAAAAUAAAAGGGACAAAAUGCUGGAUCAAAGAGUCCCAGAACUGGUGCUCUUUCAGGCCCAGAAAGGAAGCCCUUGGUCCUCCAGGACCAGAUAGUCCUGUUGAUAAAACUGAACUUUUUGGACAUCCAUGCAGAAGGGAGACUCUAUGUUCCAAACGUUGGAGCCAUAUAGGAACAAAAAAGCACACACAUCCCAAAUCUGACAAAAUACCCUGCAGGACUCCGGUUUUCAUGCCUAUGUGGGAAGAUUGGGGUAUUCAGCAUGGUCUUGUGGCUAAAUGCUGACAGAACCCCACAUUCAUGAAAUAACUCUUAUAACCCCUUGAUCCUUCAUCUUCCCAACUGAGACGAAACUCAACUGCUCACAAUCAUCCCUUGUUACUUUCCCCCCUCUCCUUCCUCUGUUGUUGUUGUUGUUUGUUAUUAAGAGCAUGUAUGUAGCCCUUUUCAGAGCAGUUAUCUUCCUCCCUGUGUUCUCCCACACCUUGGAAGCUGUAUGGGGCAGGGCCCGUCUUUUCACCACAAACAUGGAUGAUGCGAUCUUGAUCUCAAUCAUAAAUCAUGUUCUGAGAACUUUGAGUUGUCUAGCGUACAUGUGCAGCACCUUGUUCUCUUUUGACUUUCGGCAAACCUUGCCAUGUGAUGUGGGUGGGUGUGAUUCAGGUGUUCAGAACAGAUUUUCUUUCUGCCUUUGGCCUACCAGUCCUCACCUGUGGAGGACAACCCUUGACAUUCUCAGAUGCAAGGUUGACUUAUUGCCUGGUAUAUUUGCCUGUGGAGUUGAACUCAUGUCUGUCCCUGUUACUUCUGUUCCCUGAAGCUUUGUCACACUCCCUAUAUGCUGUGCAAAGGAGGAAAUCAAUAAAGGUAUUUUAUUGUU